GGAGGCGCGGCGCGGGGCGGGGCGUGGCCUUUAUAAGGGCUGACAGCGCCGGCCGCGAGGACUCCUCGGCGGGGACGCGGCGCCGGGAGCGGGAGUCGCGCAGCACCGGAGCCGGCACACAAAGGCCCGCCGCCCGCCGCCCGCCGCCGCCGCCACCCGGACCUCGGAACCCCGCACCCCGGACGUCGGACCCCGCACCAUGGCACCGCGCCGCCGCGCGCCCGGGCCGCCUGCGCCCCUGGAUCUAUAGUGCCCGCGCCCACCCCCCCCCCGGAGCCCCCGCCCGGCACCCUGGAGCCGCCCGGGAGUCGGCCGUCCCAGCUGCGUCCGGCGCGGCGCCCCGGAGCCCCGCGGCCCGCGCCCUGAGGCCCCGCCGCCCCCCGCGCCGCGCCGCGCCGCGCCGCACCCAGAGGCCCCAGCGCCAGGGCCCCGACCCCCGCGCCCCGCGCCCCGAGCGCCCGGCCAUGGCCGUGCGGAGGGCCCCCGCGUGGAAGUACUGCUGGGGACUCGCGAUGGUGCUGUGCCGGACAGCCGUGGCCAGGUCCAUCGUGCUCGAGCCCAUCUACUGGAAUUCCUCCAACUCCAAAUUUCUACCUGGACAAGGACUGGUUCUAUACCCACAGAUAGGAGACAAAUUGGACAUCAUUUGCCCCAAAGUGGACUCUAAAACUGUUGGCCAGUAUGAAUAUUAUAAAGUCUAUAUGGUUGAUAAAGACCAAGCAGACAGAUGCACUAUUAAGAAGGAGAACACGCCUCUCCUUAACUGUGCCAGGCCUGACCAAGACGUCAAAUUCACCAUCAAGUUUCAAGAAUUCAGCCCUAACCUCUGGGGUCUGGAAUUUCAGAAGAACAGAGAUUAUUACAUCAUCUCUACAUCAAAUGGGUCUUUGGAGGGCCUGGAUAACCAGGAGGGAGGGGUAUGCCUGACAAGAACCAUGAAGAUCCUCAUGAAGGUUGGACAAGAUGCAACUUCUGCUGGGUCAGCCAGGCAUAACGACCCCACACGACGUCCAGACCUGGAAGCGGGUACAAACGGAAGAAGUUCGACGACAAGCCCCUUUGUCAAACCAAAUCCAGGUUCCAGCACGGACGGCAGCAGCGCUGGGCAUUCAGGCAACAACCUGCUGGGUUCCGAAGUGGCCUUAUUCGCCGGCAUCGCGUCGGGCUGCAUCAUCUUCCUCGUCAUCAUCAUCACGCUGGUGGUCCUGCUGCUCAAGUACAGGAGGCGACACCGCAAACACUCACCGCAGCACACGGCCACACUGUCCCUCAGCACCCUGGCCACCCCCAAACGUGGCGGCGGGGCUCCCGGGGCCAGCGGCCACCACAACAGCGGCUCGGAACCCAGCGACAUCAUCAUCCCUCUGCGGACUGCGGACAGCGUGUUCUGCCCCCACUACGAGAAGGUCAGCGGGGACUACGGGCAUCCCGUGUACAUCGUGCAAGAGAUGCCUCCCCAGAGCCCCGCCAACAUCUACUACAAGGUCUGACAGCUGCAGGUGCCUUGGCUUUCCCGGAGGAAGAGACGCGCUCGAUCGCCUGGCCCCCAGGCCCCCGAGAGGGGAGGGAGGGCACCCCUUGAGUCGGACAGCUUACCUAGUCUUAGCACGGGGGCAGGGGGAGACCUCGGCCAGCACUCCCCCCACCUGAAAAAAAAAAAGAGAAAAAAGCCACCUCCCGCAUGUGGUCGCCUGGGCCCACGCGGGAGGCGCCGUGGCCGGUGGACCCCAGAGAACGAGCCAAGCGAGGGAGCCGGGGUGCUGCCCCCCCAUCCCCGCCCGCACCCCCCAUGCCACGCCUGGGAACGUGUCCUCGGACUUGGGGUACAUAUCUGCUCCUACGGAGGAGUGAGGCUUUGGAGAAGCUGCUUCAACUCUCACUGCUGUCCACCCUCCUCUGGCUCCCCCACGUCGUGAUUCACGGAUCGCUGGAGUUUGGGGGGACGGGUGGGGGAGGUCCCCUGCUCCAGCCCACCUCGAGCAGCACCGUCCACGUCUGUGGGAGAGAGGCAGCCGCCGCUGCCGUCGGAAGCCCCGUCUGCCGAUCCCAAGCGACCGCCUUCCCUGGCAGGGCCUGGAAUGGAGGAGAUGGAUGGUGGGACGGGGUGGGCAGAGGGGGGCCCAGCAGGAGCUGUCUGCACCCACAAUUUUCAUACGGCUGCCUCCUCCAGAAAGCAAGGGGAAGGCAGGGGAGACCAUGUGGGGUCACACAGCACUUUGGUUCAACAGCAAAGGUUUGAAAAGGUGGGGCAGGGGUUACCCAGCCACACGGGCAGGCGGCUAAAGGCAUUCACUCUUAGCAGGAAGAUUUAAAAAAAUAAAAAGAGGAAGAAGGUUCCCCCACACACACACACCACCACCACCACCGGCGCGGCCAGUGGGGGGAGGCAGGACUUGAGUGGUACUGGCAAUAAAGAGUGACAGCCUCCUUCCCCGAGGCUGUUAGGGACACGGGGCCUGCCUGGGACCAGGGGUCCCACAGACCCAGCUGCUAUUACUGAUCACAUUGUAUGAAACACAGGGAAAGCAUAUAGGAGACAAGCAGAGAGCCAAAUCUUGACUUACAUAUUGCAAAGCCAAAGGUCACACAGGCUGGAAGUCCAUCUUUGGGGAUGAUAAUUAAAAGAGAAUUCUCAUCUGUGAAAGGUUGGUCAAAAUUCCUCUCCCCUUAGGAGCAAAAUCCCCCUCCCCCCUACACACACACACACACACACACACACACACACACAGAUACCCCCUUUCAGCCUUAUGUCACUUGGGUGCCCUAGUUGGUGGAAGUACCGUCAAGGUCACGGAGGCCGAGUCAAGGUGAAACACACCUGUCUGUCACCCCGUACCCCUUCUCAAGAGACCUUGACCGUGGAGGUGAAGAGUUGGGCAGGAGAAGGGAGACAGGACAUACUUAUGACAGGUGUGUAGAACUCCUGGCUAUCAGAGUUUUUGUAAUCUAUAUAUUUGAAGAUCGCUCACACUCCACAACAGGUAAUAUGUGAUGUUCCUUGGUUCAGAUGAAGGAAAGGGGUCCAUACUGAAACUGAAAAAAAGGGUAUAUAUAUAUAUAUAUAUAUAUAUAUAUAUAUAUAUAUAUAUAUAUAUAUAUAUAAAUAAAAUGAGACAGCUUCUUCUGGGGGCGGGGGGUAGGCCAGGGGGAGAGGAAACCAUCAUCAAUCCCCAAAUAAGAGCAGAUAGCAAAAAAAAAAAAGUUCCCAGGGCCUCUGAGAGCUGGUCAUGUAGACCAGGACAUGCCGCCCAAGUCGGCACCAGCAAACCAGAUGUGAGCCUGGCCCAGAUCGGCCUCCACCAGACGUCCCCGCCAUUUCUUUCUCCUGUUGUGUUUUCCUUGCCUUAGGGGCUGAAGUGUCCGCAGGGUCACCCAGCAGGCACACUGAGGGGGGCUUGGAGUUCAGCUUCAGGGCCCCCUCCUCCCCUUCCCCUCCUCCCUCCUGGGAAACAACAAAAUCAAGAAGAGUAAACAGGAAACCUACUUUUUUAUGUGCUAUGCAAAACAGACAUCUUUUCACCUAGUCCUGUUACUAUGGUAACGCUUUGCUUUCUGAAUGGGGAGAGAAACUAAAAGAAGACUGUAGCAACAACAUUUUGAAGGUUCGGGCAAGCUCCUCGAGUUGAAAUACCUACAGACAGGAGUUAACAAUGGUGAAAGGGAGCAGAUUCCCUGAACUUGAAAAUGGCGUUGGUUCAAAGUGUGCGUGCGUGCGUGCGUGCGUGCCUGUGUGUGUGUGUGUGUGUGUGUGUGUGUGGUGUGUGCGCGCAUGUGCGUGCGUGCGUGUGUGUUAUACAUGUGAACAUAUAUGUAUGAUAUAUAUGCACGAUAUAUAUUAUACAUAUCUCUAUCAUGGUUCUAGGUGGGUUGCCGUGGUAACCACCACCGCACAGACCGAUUCCUUCCCGCCCUCCCUGCCCCCACCCUCUUCUGUUUAAGCCAUCAAAAAUGACCUUGAGGAUGAGGAGAAGGGCAAGUAGGGGAACCAUGGGCAAGAGUUGGAUUUUGAGGAAAUCAAAUGUGUGUAUCCAGUGUCAGUUAACUUUGGGUCAUCGGCUAAACUGUGAAGAAGAAAAAAAAAGUCAGAUGCAUUGAUGGAGAGUUACCUGCAACCAAUGGAAAGAUGUUCUGUGCGCCUGUUUUGUGUCCAGUGCAGAAUACGACAAUCUACCAACUAUCCCUUCCUUUCUUUGAAGUCGGCUCAGCUUUGGGAGAGUUACUGUAAAUGCCUUGCUUGUAUUUCUCAUUCCUAGUCGCCCGACUUUGGAAAUUUGCACCACAAUGUUUAAGUGAAGAUGCUGUAAAUAGGUCCAGAUUUUACUGUAUAUGGAUUUGGGGGUGUUACAGUAGCCUUAUUCACCUUUUUAAUAAAAAAAGAAAAAAUACACAUGAAAACACGACAGAAAAUGGCUUUUCUUACCCAGGUUGUGUACAUAGAGCAAUGUUGGUUUUUUAUAAAGUCUAAGCGAGAUGUUUUGUAUAAAAUCUGAAUUUUGCAAUGUAUUUAGCUACAGCUUGUUAAACGGCAGUGUCAUUUCCCCCUUUGCACUGUAAUGAGGAAAAAAAAUGGUAUAAAAGGUUUUGCCAAAUUGCUGCAUUUUUGUGCCGUAAUUAUGUACCAUGAAUAUUUAUUUAAAUUUUCUUUGUCCGAUUUGUAAGUAACACAGUAUUAUGCUUGAGUUAUAAAUAUUUUUUUUCUUU